AUGGAGUUCUCAUCCUCAAGACGGCCUUGUUUCAUAGAGGAAGAUGAUGGGUUAGCUUCUCUUGCAGAUAUGGAAGCCGGGUUUUCAGGGAACCAUCGCCCGUUCUUCUCCAGGUCACUCUGUUAUGCGAGAAGAGGUAGUUUUAAAAACCUGUCAUCUUUGGUGUCUUCUCCAAGAUCGGCAAGGUUUUGUGACUCUAGAUAUGAGGAUCACCAACCCCAUUUCUUGGAAGCUUGUUUUCUUUGCAAGAAACCACUUGGCGAUAACAGAGACAUCUUCAUGUACAGAGGGGACACGCCAUUCUGCAGUGAAGAGUGCAGACAGGAGCAAAUAGAUAUAGAUGAAGCCAAAGAGAAGAACUGGAAUCUCUCUUCAUCUAUGAAAGCAUUAAGGAAAAAAGACCAGAAGAAAUCCCCAUCCCCUACUAAAGCUCAGGACUACCCUUCUCGUACAGGCACUGUUGCCGCAGCUUAA